CAGGAAGUAUUUUCGUUCCACAAGGCGGAAGCGUAUAAUUUACUGAACCCAAAAGUGUUUUUAGGAGAAAACGUCGGUAACGAGGAACCACACGGUUAUAACUCACCGUUCACAAGGCGGAGCGGCUGCUGUUUCUCGUUGUUGGUAGACCGGGUCACUGCCCAGCCAAUCCAGUUCUUCCUCCCGGGAGUUUGCUUUCUGACCUCGCUCACCAUCAGUGCCUGUUUGUCCAGACUCGCCCCCCCGACUUCACACCUCGUUGACCUGUAGUUUCAGCCCAUCUCAGGCCGUCUCAUCCGUAACUUUCUCUGUCAAUGGCUGGGCGCGGUGGAGGAGCAACCAGGCCUAAUGGUGCCGCAGUAGCAAACAAAAUCUGCCAGUUCAAACUGGUGCUGCUGGGGGAGUCCGCGGUGGGCAAGUCCAGCUUAGUGCUGCGCUUUGUCAAAGGCCAGUUUCAUGAAUUCCAGGAGAGCACUAUUGGAGCUGCCUUCCUCACUCAGACUGUCUGUCUGGACGACACCACUGUGAAGUUUGAGAUCUGGGACACAGCAGGUCAGGAGCGCUACCACAGCCUGGCUCCAAUGUACUACAGAGGCGCUCAGGCGGCCAUUGUGGUCUAUGACAUUACCAACACAGAUACUUUUGCACGAGCAAAAAACUGGGUGAAGGAGCUGCAGAGACAAGCCAGUCCCAACAUAGUGAUCGCUCUGGCUGGAAACAAGGCGGAUAUUGCAAACAAGAGAGCUGUGGAGCUUCAGGAGGCACAAACAUACGCCGAUGACAACAGUCUACUCUUCAUGGAGACCUCAGCCAAGACUGCCAUGAAUGUCAAUGAAAUUUUCAUGGCUAUUGCGAAGAAGCUACCGAAGAACGAUCCUCAGGCUGGAGCUGGACAAGGGGGACGGACCAGGACAGGAGUGGAUCUACAAGAAGCCGCUCCCCAGAGCCGCAGCAGCCAGUGCUGCGGCGGGGGCAACUAGCAAGUACGAAACAAUGAACUUAGUGAGCGAGCCCUGAACAUCGUUUUAAGGACAGCACGUAGCUAAAACCCAGAGAGGCAGGAGAGGGCAGAGCCACUCGCCACCCCUGCACUUAAACUGAGAUUACAGAUGAGAUUAUCUGGAUCCUCUUUGAUUUAAGGAACUUUUUUUUAAAGAAUCAUAAGCUAGAGGGAAUUACCAAGAUCCCUCACUACUUCUCUUCUGUCUUUCCCCCUCCCCCCUGUGUAUCUAUCUACCUCCCUGUUCAUCUUCAGCCUCUGUCUCAGUUGAUUGAAUUCUGUAUUAAAUGAAUUAUUAUUAUUUUUUUUUUUUUGAAGGGUGAUGCUGAGGUUGUUUGCCAUUUUCCCUUUUUGUUUGAGUGUGUGUGUGUGUGUGUGUGUGUGUGUGUCUGUCAUGUAUGUGUAUGUAUAUAGUACAUACACAUACAGUACGUGUAUAUUGGCAGUUGACUUUUCUACUAUUGUAAUUUCCCUCAACAUUGAUCAUCAUCAUGACAGAUACAAAUACCCAACUAUUAAGGAUUAAAUUGCAAAUGACAGGAAUGAAUCUUUUGGAUUUUUGUCUCGUUGCAAUUUAGAUCACAGCAAUUUGUUCUUUUUUUAGGGACCUGAACAUGACACAGUCACAAAGGAAGCUCCAGACUUUGCUUAAAGCUGGUAAUGAUUUAAUAGGCUAUACAUCUAAAGUCUAAAGAUGUUUCUGAACUGUCCAACAAAAUGCAGUUGUUUGCACUCAUUGUGUAUUGAUACCUGUAACACCAGAGAGUUGUUAGCCUUUUUUUUUUUUUUUUUAAAUGUGAAAUGUGAAAAUAACUUGUAAAUCUUAAAGGUAAUAAAUAACAUGCAAGAUUCA